AUGCCACGACAACUACCACAUAAAAUCUCCAAUAAAGAGGAGACUACAAAAUACCAGUCUGGCAAUAUUGUCUCCAGUGAUCAUUACCUAUCCAAAAAGAAGGAAGAGAAAAACCCAGGCAAAAUAUUUUCAUCUUCACUUCAGAGGACAGUCAGAACAAGAUCAGCUUUUGAAGAAAUCACCAAUGUUUCUCCAAGUCAACUUGUCCAGUCAAAGAAGAAAGAUGAUAUAGAGUCUAUAAAAGAUGUUUUCAAGAGCAUGAAAAGGAAGACACAGAUUCUGCAGUUUGACAGAAAUAAUCUAAAGAAAGCAAAAACAUGCAAUGUGGAACUUGUACGAGUAGGAUCUUCUACCAACUCAGUGCCAAACAUGGGUAUAUUCACCACUUCUGAAAUACAAAUUACCAGCAAAGCACCUGCCUUCAAAGAAGUGUUAGUUUUAAUAGAGGAAACUCCUAGGAUAAACUCAAUCCUCAAGAAGCCACUGAAGAGGUGUAUGACUAAUGACAAGGUACCCAAGUUAGAGGAGCCACUAACCUUACUCGAGGAGAUGGACCACAAUGAUGAACCUGAUAUAGAGCCAGUGACUUUUGGGAAGAAGUAUAAACCUGAAAAGUCAUCCAUCACUGAAGAUUCACAGAUUCAGGAAGAUAGUGACACAUUGGGAAAGAAUGAAUUGGAAGUCCAUGAUCCACUAUUUAACUCUGUUUAUACAAAGGAAAUCUUCAGUUACUUGAAGGAGAGAGAGGAAAAACUUAUACUUCAAAAAUACAUGCAUAGGCAGACUGAGCUCAGUGCCUAUAUGAGGGCCAUUCUUGUGGACUGGUUGGUGGAGGUACAGAUGAACUUGGAGAUGAGUCAUGAGACCCUGUACUUGGCUGUGAAGCUGGUGGAUCACUACCUAAUGAAGGUAUUUUGUACGAAAAGCAGCCUACAACUCCUUGGAUCCACUGCCCUUUGGAUUGCUGCAAAAUUUGAGGAUCCACACCGUCCUUGUCUGAAUACCUUUCUGUACAUCUGUGCAUAUAAGUAUCAGAAACAUGAGAUGCUUGCUAUGGAAGGCAGGAUCCUGAAAGCCCUUAACUUUGACAUUAACAUUCCCAUCGCCUAUAAUUUUCUACGCCUUUAUGCUUUGCAUCUCCAUGCCAGCAUGAGGACGCUAACUUUGUCCCGCUUCAUCUGUGAGAUGACCCUGCAGGAAUAUGACUACAUCCAAGAGAAGCCUUCCAAAUUAUCUGCUGCUUGCUUCCUCCUUGCCCUCUACAUGAAGAAUCUCAAACACUGGGCUCCUUCACUGGAAGAUUGCAGUGGCUACCAGAUUUCUGAGCUUCACCCCAUGGUCAAGAAGUUAAAUAUGUUGCUCACUGCUCCUUCCACUGACGACCUGAGGAAUGUGUAUAGCAAGUAUUCAGAAGAGGCCUUCUUUGCAGUCAGUCAAAUUCCUCCCUUGGACAAGUCAACAAUGGAGAAGAUUUGA